AUGGCACGCUACACCCACUUUGCCCUUCUGCUUUUGUUGGUUACCAUCCUAUGCAGUUCUUGCUCCGUGUUUGCUGCUGUUGUUCCUACUCCUCCCUUAUACAAGGUCAAAGUCCUAGAACCAAAGCCUAAUGCAGUGAUUCCAGUGGGUCAACAGAUUCAGCUCAAGAUCCAGGCUGACGCGCCGCAAGGUCCUCAAAUUCUCGAAAUGUUCUGCGAGCUUAUUCGGACGUUUGACUUGCCAGGGAAUCUACCCUCUCAGGAAAUCGUAUAUGGAGUCAUAACCAAGGAUAUUACCGAAGGGGGCACAUUUACAUAUCAAGUUGUGUUAGACACAACCAAACCUAACACCGUGCCCUUAACUCUCGGCCCUUAUACUCUUCGCAUACAUCAGCUUGUCAACUCUGGCACAUCUGAUAGCACUCGCUUCAAUCUGCUCGAUAUUCCGAUCACGAUAGGAUAA